AUGGGUGUAGAACCUGGCAAAAGCAAGAAUGAGGCUGCUGAGAACAUGGUCAAAGACAUGAAGUCUGCCUUGGACGAAACACACAAGGCACUAUUUAAUACUGCAGAGCAGAUGAAAGACAGGGCAGAGCGUAGACACUCUAAGGCCCCUGACUACAAGUCUAGAAAACUGACAGAAAAGUGGAUUUGGCCUUACCAGAUUAAGGAAGUCAAACCCAAUGCGGUGGAGCUGGAACUCCCAAAACAAAUGAGGGUAGUGCCCACGGUCAAUGUUAGCCGUGUGAAACCCUACAAAGGGCCGACCUUUAAUUUUCAUUCUCCUCUUUGA